AUGCUAGAUUCAUCACCAUUUUCAAUAAAAGAUGUUGAAGUUCCUGAAUACUUAAAGGAUGAAGUACAACUCCAAGAUCUGAUUGAUGUCAUAUUGGAUGCAAAAUUGGACCAAAUAACAGAUUUAACUAAUGAUCUCUUAGAAUUUCUUAAAUCAAAUCCAUCAUUUGUUCUGCUAGCUUAUAAAAUGCUGAUACGAAUUCAAACUGCAUGCGUUAUACCGAAUAAUAAUUUAUUUGCAAUUUUAGAAGCCUUGAUAGUAAACUACAAAGAAGAAUUUCUUAGUUUAACUGAUAUACCAUCAUUUUACUUUGACUAUUUCAGCGAAAUAGGAAUUCUUACUAAAAUGAGAUGUCACAGAAUUGGAAAUUCAAAUACCAUACCCAUCAAAAGAAACAAUGUUUUAUCAUACAUGUAUUCAGAAAGUCCGAUUUUUAAUGUGAUAGCCGAUGACGAUCUUGAAAAAUUCAUAGAUUUGACACUUAAUACUAACUUUCACGAGAGAUAUGAACAGAUAUCAAUGAACACCGGUUUCUUAUGCGGUUACGAUUUAUUAAAUUACUCAAUGAAGUGCGGUGCCGUCAAAAUUUUUAUGUUUUUGGUAAACAAUGACUGCAAACCUAAUGAUUUUUCUUCUGCAAUUAUUGGAAGAAAUCUUGAAAUCAUCAGGUACUGUUCAAGAAUCAAUGAACUUGAUAAAACAUACGCGUUAUCAACAGCAAUUAUGAUCCAUUCAAAUGCUGUUUUCGAUUGGUUGAUUGAAAAUGAAAUCUCUCAAGUAACAAACUUCUCAGAUCUUUAUUCAUAUUACAAUUGCCGUGCAUUUCUAUUUUUCAGUCAGCAUGGAAUGGUACAAACGAAUAUAAGGGAGCUUCUUAAUAAUGAUCUUUCAAAUUACUUGAGAUACUUGAUUGAAAAAGAUCAAAUCAAAUUAGAUAAAUUUAUGAUUUAUCAAGCAAUCGAAUCAAAAGGUUGUUUGAAGAUUCUACUUGAAAAUGGUCUCAAAAUAACACCAGACCAGUUAUCUCGUUUUAAAAAUGUUGAUGACUUUGUGCUAGAAUCAAUUAAAGACAAAGAUACUGAAUAUAUAGCUGCAGCAGUUAAUAUGAAAUCUAUUGAUCUUAUUUCGUACUUCUUAGAAAAAGGUUAUGACAUAUCCGGUGAAAAAAAUAGACCUUUGAUUUUAGCUAUCCAAAAUUCCGAUCUUCAAAUUGUAAAAUUCCUUGUAGAUAAGGGUGCAGAUGUUAAUAAACCAUUGAUGGGAGCGUUUACACCCUUAAUGGCUGCAGUUUCUCAACAAAAUGCUGAAAUUUUUAAGUUUGUUAUCGAAAAAACAAAUAAUGUUAAUGCACAAGACGAAUACGGACUAACAGCAUUACACAGGUGCCUUUUAAGCAAUCCACCUAUAGAAUUUUUGAAAAUUUUGAUUGAUUCAGGGGCGGAUGUGAAUUUGCCAGAUAACCAUGAUUUCACUCCUUUAGUUUAUGCUUUGAGAGCAUCCAAUGCUGCUGCAGUGAAAUUACUUUUUGAAAACGGUGCAAAAUCUGAUGAAAAAACACAAUCCGUCAUAGAAUCAUUAAAACAAACUCUGAAAGAUAUAACAUCCAUGGUACCUGAAGAAGUUCAAAACUAA